CCUGGGCUUCAACUGCGGGUGGGACGGUCACAGUGGCUCCGGGUGUCUGCCGAGGCGGUAGGGGCGGAGGCAUGAGGAGAGCUGCUUGGCGUCAGUGAGCGCCCGGGAUGUGCAGGCCAGGGGCAGCGGGCAGGCUGAUGGGGGAGGGAAGGAGCAGCCUGUGAAACGGGGUGACGGCGGCGACCAGCCCGGGCGGGGACCGGGACUGGAAGAGGCGCCUGAGCAGCCGGCUGGUCCGGCGGCUGGGCCUGGGUGGGGGGCGCGGGGACGGAGAGACGGACACCCAACUGAGCCUGCCGGGGCAGGAGGGGCGAGGAGAAGCGUCGUCUUUACAGUUCCGAGCGAGACGAGGGCAAGGUGAGGUUUGGAGGAAAGGGUGUCUUAGGAAGUGGCCGGAAGUGGUGAGAAGCUGGUAACAGACGUUGGUACAAGUAACCGAAAGGAUCAGAGAGAAAGAAAGGAGGUCUGUGUAAGUAGCUGAAAGGAUCUAGUGACAAGAAAGAAGGUUGUUGUAAGUGAAGGGAAGGUGAGCUUUGGCUAGAUCGUAGGACUGAGAGAAGACAGUCUGUGGAAGUGGAUAAAGAAUCAAGGAAAAGCGUGGAAGUGGCUGGAGUCCGGGGCCGGAACAGUGUCAGACGGGGCCGGAAGGCAGCGGAGAAGAGGGUAAACCUGAGAGUGUUUGGAAAUUGGAAGACUUGGUGGCGAACGAGGGUCAGGACUCAGAUCCUGCCUCGGAAAGUGGGCGACGUGUCCGGGAUGUGGGAUCAGAGGCUGGUGAGGUUGGCCUUGUCGCAGCACCUUCGGGCUGCCUAUGGCAUUAAGGUCAAGGGUGACCGAGGGCAGUGCGAUCGCAGGAGACGUGAAACAGCAACCACGGAAAUAGUGGGUAAAAUAUUUGGAGUACCUUUUAAUGCAUUGCCCCAUUCUCUUGUACCAGAAUAUGGACACAUUCCAAGUUUUCUUGUUGAUGCUUGCACAUCUUUAGAAGAGCAUAUUCAUACAGAAGGGCUUUUUAGGAAAUCAGGAUCUGUUAUUCGCCUAAAAGCACUAAAGAAUAAACUGGAUCACGGUGAAAGCUGCCUGUCUUCUGCACCUCCUUGCGAUAUCGCAGGACUUCUUAAGCUGUUUUUUAGAGAAUUACCAGAGCCCCUUCUCCCAGUUGAUUUGCAUGAAGCACUUUUCAAAGCUCAACAGUUAGGAACAGAGGAGAAGAAUAAAGCUACAUUGUUGCUCUCCUGUCUUAUGACUGACCACACAAUUGACAUAUUAAGAUACUUGUUUAACUUUCUCAGGAAUGUUUCUCUUAGGUCCAGUGAGAAUAAGAUGGAUAGCAGCAAUCUUGCAGUAAUAUUUGCCCCAAACCUUCUUCAGACAAGUGAAGGACAUGAAAAGAUGUCUGCUAAUACAGAGAAAAAGCUACGAUUACAGGCUGCAGUAGUACAGACUUUUAUCGAUUAUGCAUCAGAUAUUGGGCAUGUUCCAGAUUUUAUCCUUGAAAAGAUACCGGCUAUGUUGGGUAUUGAUGGUCUCUGUGCUACUCAAUCACUAGAAGGCUUUGAAGAAGGUGAAUGUGAAUCUCCUGGUGACUGUAAGAGAAAGCGAAGACAAAGUGUAGGAGAUUUUGUUAGUGGAGCAUUAAAUAAACUUAAACCUAACAGAACACCCUCUGUUACACCUCAGCAGGAAAGAAUUGCCCAGCUAUCUGUAUCACCAGUGAUUCUCACACCAAAUGCUAAGCGUAAACUGCCAGUAGAUUCUUCUCAAGGUUUCUCAAGUAAGAAAAGGAAGUCCAUCAAGCACAAUUUUAACUUGGAGUUGUUGCCAAGUAAUCUCUUCAGUAGCAGUUCUACACCAGUAUCAGUUCACUUUGAUGCAAGCCCAGAAGGGUCAUCUCAGAGUUCAUUCUCUCCUGUAGCCAUCAGCGGAAACAAUUUGAUUAGUACAGAUGUGCGGAGGCGAAGUAAAAGGAUUGCAAGCAAAAAAGUAUGCAGGGUGGAAUCAGGAAAAGCAAGUUGCUUCUCUCCUAAAAUCAGUCGUAAAGAAAAGGUUCGAAGAUCUCUUCGUUUGAAAUUCAGUCUGGGGAAAAGUAGCAAAGAUGUAAAUGGGUGUUCUGGUGUCAAUAGAUGUGAAAAUGUUGGUCGACGACUUGCAAAUCAACAAAGUUUAAAAACUAGAAUUGAAUCUGUAAAAACAGGUCUGCUUUUUAGCCCAGAUAUUGAUGAAAGAUUAACAAAGAAAGGUUCAAAAAAGAUCAGUAAGUCUGAGGAAAACUUAUUAACUCCAGAGCGACUAGAUGGAACAAGUUACCGGAUGUCUUGGACAGGACCUAGCAAUUCAAGUUUUCAAGUAAUAGAUGCACAUGAAGCUUCUCCAAUAGAAGGGAAUCUUGAGGUGGAAAACUCUUCUUUGGAGCCUGAUAGUACGGUUGAAAAGUCACCUGUUAGUUCAUAUGAACUCACCCCUUCUAAUGUACACAAUAACCAUAAUAACAACAGAUCUGGAAGCUCUCUUAUUGGGGAUGAAAAUGGCUUGACCACAGAGACUUUGGUGAAAAUUCAGAAAGCAUUUUCUGAAACUGGAAGUAAUCUUCAUGCAUUGAUAAAUCACAGGCAGUCAUCGGUAACUAAUGUGGGGAAAGUAAAAUUAAAUGAAACAUCUUCUAUGGAACAUAGCCUAGAGAAAAACCUACUUGAAACUAACGAUUCGACUGUGAUAGAAUCGAAUGAACACCACACCAAUAAAGAUGAAAAUAGUUCUUCAGAAAGAGACUUCUCACUACAUCAAACUCAGAAAUCGGAUAGAGAAGCAACUAUAAAAUGUUACUCAACUCAGAUAAAGAUGAAAUGUGAAGAAAGCAUUCAUUCACAUAUACCAAAAGAUCAUUUAAGCAAUCAAGAAUUGCCCAGUGAUGAACAAAUAAAGAAACAACAGUCCCCAAGGGAUAAACUAAAUACUAAAUUAAAGGAGAAUGAGAGUAUGAUUGAAGAAAACUUACUGAAAUGCGCAGCUUCUAGGGAGGACGCAGCUAACGCCUCUUCCUCAGAGCAGAUUACCUGCAAUAUAACAAACUUGUCAAAACCGAGGCCUGUGAGAAUUGUUAAACAGCAGUCACUGGUGGAAAGACGUGAUAAAACGGUUUCUGAAGGUUUACAAAGGACAGAGCAUGGGAAGGUUUCAGACCACAUACAGUGGUUUAACAAGCUUUCCUUAAAUGAACCAAAUAGGGCAAAAGUUAAAUCACCUCUUAAGUUUCAGCGGACUCCUGUCCGGCAGUCUGUCAGAAGAAUUAAUUCUUUGCUGGAGUAUGGCAGACAACCUAUAAGGCAUGAAUUGGCAAGUCUCAGCAAUGCUGCUUCUCCUCUGAUUAAAUCAGUGAGCUGUGACAGCGCUCUUUCCUCUGGUAUAGAAAGUACAAAGUCAAAAGAUUCCUCUAUUUCAUGUACCAAGUCAGGUCCUAAAGAACAGAAGUCUAUACCAUGUGAACAGUCAAAUGUUGAUGCAGUUUCAAAAUCAAGCAUGAAGUUAACUUCUAAAUCUUUCUCACAGAUCAAGAGGCACCCAGACUCCGUCAGUGCUUCUCUUGGGUCUACUAGAGUUUGUAAACAGGAAGUGAUAUCUGAUGGCCAAAUUAAGAUUCCCUUGGAUGAUCUGACAAACCAUAAUGUAUUAAAAUCUGUCGUAAAUAAUAACAUGGGCUUUUCUGGGAUAAAUAACAGGAUCCUUAGGAAACCGUCAGAAAGAGAAAGAAUGUGGUAUAAAGGAUCUCCAAAAAAUCCUAUUGGAAAAGUUCAACUACUACCAACAAGUAAACCUGUAGACUUGUAAUUGGUAAAUGUUACACUUGUCAUGAAUGUAAAUAAAAUUAG